AUGAGAACUCUACAAGACCUAGAAAUUACUUAUCAAGAAGUCAAGCCGGAUGAACUUGGUAGUCAGUCGAGUACAUGUACAUACAGGGAAGAGCAUUACGGAUACGGCAGAGGCGGUUUUGAGUACCUAAGGCAAGAUAGAAUGGUGCUUGAUCUGCACGACAUGGAAGGGGAUACUACCGGGCGAGAGCGUGGCUACAAUAAGCAAAUUUCAGAAGACGAAGACGGAGAGUUAUUCAACGAAGAUACAGAUAUCAAAACGAUGUAUGAAAUCCGUAUAGACGUGCUGUACGACUUACCGGAACACCACGCGACAUCAGCAGUGGCAUGGAGCCUGUUAAGUCCGGUGUCUAACGCGGCAACUAUACUCACUAGAGAGCAGGUCUCUUCCUUUUUACGACGUUUGGAGUGUCGCCACCUUACUACUACCGCUUAUCGUCCACAAACAAAUGGCCUAGUGGAACGUAUGAAUCAAACUGUAGUACAAGCAUUUAAUAAGAUUGUUCGCGACAAGGAUGACAAGCUAAACUGGGAUAAGAACUUGAAUGCAGCACUUCUGGCGAUACGUACCACACAAAACGAUACCACUAACUUCAGCCCUGCCAUGAUGCUGUAUGGUGUAGAGAUGAGAACUCCUAGUACUUGGCCACCCCCAGAUCUGAUUAUGUUGAAGGAAAAUUGGAAGAAGAACUGA